AUGUCCUACACUCACAUCACUCUCGACGUGGGAGCUGCAAUCAAGGCUUUUCAUGUGGUUUGGAACAAUCCAGGUGCAUGGUCCGACAUUAUAAUUCAUCUAGGGGAUUUUCAUGCAAUAAUGGCCUUUUUUGCGGUUAUUGGGCAUUUCGUCGAGGGUAGUGGAUUCAAAUAUGUGUUAUUUCAAGCGGGUCUGUGUAGCUCUGGAAGCAUUACCGGAGUGAUGAGUGGAAAGCACUACAAUCGAUGUUGGCUUCUUCACAAAACUUUUUCCGAAGCAUUGGAAAGGUUCUUUAUAGAACAAUAUUUACCAACCAUGCCAGAGAAAGUUGAGGAGUUCGCCCAAAGUGACACAGCCCAAGAAACAAGUUUAACGAACAUUCUUAACGAUGACACUGUUAAAGAAUAUGUUAAGCAGUGCCAAACACAGAAAACCAAAUGUUUGAACGGAGAAUUUGGAAAAACACCCCCCAGUACUGGGAAAAAUAUAUGGAGCUAA